CCACGUUCAUUCAUUGCUUUCAGUUGUAUUUCAAUCAUUCGCGGCAACGGUCGAUCACGGUUCCGAUCAAUAGCUGUCUGUGUCAAUCGCAAAUCAUUUAUUGUGAUUGAUUCAGAUCUCGCGCGCAUACAGCUUUUUUAGUUUUACUACCAACAUCAAGCAAAUCCUAGUACCAACGAGUUAAAUCAAUGUUAAGUUGCGAGGAAAAAGUUGUACCAUUAUCGUUUAUUUAAAGUGAUCUUUUCUUCGACUCAUUACUUCAACGGAGUCGAUCGACAAACCGAAGGAGGCAAAAAGUGUCGCCAACGGGAAACGUUUUCUCCUAAACUCGGCGAAAUCGAUCCGGUUUUGUGGUUUCGCGGAGAAGUGCAAAAGUUGCUGACACUUGUGUUGCUUUCCAUGCCAUAGUCUGGACCCGAUCGCUGCGAUCCAGAGCGCUUGUACACUACCACCUCAUUGUGCCUGUGUCUUGAAAACGCGAGAUCCUCCUCGAUGUGCAAAUGAUCUAAUCCGGUAGUGUGCGAAAAUAAAAAUUGAUGUGCUGAAAAAUUGUACACAAAAAAGCUAAAAAUAUAGCCGCAGCCUAUUGCCCGGCACGGAGCGACCAUCGAGACACGGUCACGUUCAUCAACAAAAAAUAAUAGAAUAACGCCAAAACAGACGUCGUACAAUAUUUUCUAGGAAAACCGUGCAAAGAGCACAAUCGAAAUCAAGCGGAAUCAUGACGACCACCCGGGAAAGGCGAGAGGAAUACCACAGCAACGUGGUGCGCACACUGACCCCAUCGAGACCUCUUUCGCCCGGCAUGCACACGAACGAAUUCGAUAGUAAUUUAGAUAACCUGCUGGAAGACCUGCAGGCCAGUGUCUCCCGCCCUGGCAGCUCACUGGGACAGCCCAUCCCCGGAGGCUACUCGACCACAACUCGGGAAGUUCAAUAUUUGCAACCUGCCAAUGUUACCACCGUUGCCCGGGAACGAUCCGUCAGUCCUAGCUUCCAAACGCAGAACAAGGUAUAUAAAACGGCAAAGUACGAAUACAAAAGCAGUAGCACCUCUGGUAGUGGCGGCACCGCAGGUGGAGCACCCACGGCGGGCACAGAGGGGGUCAGCGAAGUAUACCAGCGCAACAUUAAUCAACUCGACACUUUGCUGAACGAUCUGGAACGAGAACGGGAUUCGUCGUUAGAUCGAAGUCAACGAAGUCUACACCGAGUUGAUUCAGGAUUGAAUGAACCUGGCACAAAAAUCAUCAAAACCACAACCACAUACUCAUCGUCCGGUGGCAAGCAGCCCGUUUCCCGUGAGCUGGUUUUCGACUCUCCGGGCAGCUAUGAAGUCCGUCAAUCUAGGUCCCGCCAGCGAAGUCCAACGUACGAGAAUGCUUCGACCGCGGUGAAAAAUGUUUCCUACAGCUCCGACAGCAGCGGUAUCUACGGAGGCAUCAAUCGAUCCCGCACGGUAACUCCCGUCCGAUCCGAACAGUAUUACACCGAAACGAGAACCGUUUCACCAAACUCGGACAUUGCUCCACGAAACGUCCACUACAACGAAACGGUCAGCGUGGACACAGCUCCGGCCUCCAAGGCGUUGGCCAAUAUUCCUCUAUCGGAAGGCAUCCUACCGCGGCCGAAUACGAAGGUGACCACCACUGUACGCACCUAUACAUACGAACUUCCUCCUGACAACGAGCAGAAUCAGACUUUAUCCUAUCGCAAUGAAUCGCUACACCAAACUUCUAACACUUUGCCAGCUGCAUAUCCGGAACGAAAUUUGUCUCCAACUCAUCAUGUAAAUCCCAGCUCCAAAACCAUUCUGGUCAAGAACGAAACAAUCAACACGUCCAACAACGUCCAGGAGUAUCCAGUUCCCACCAUUCUUGAUCACCAGCUGCCCCCAAACACGGCUAAAACAAUUUACUACAAAAAGGAUACCAAGCACUCCACUACCAACUACUAUCCGGAGCAUCCAUCCGGACCCGGACCACAUCCAACUAACUUCAAAGCGAUCGCACCACCCCCAGCAGCGGAACAACCUUCGUACCCACCAGGACCGAACACCUACGUGUAUCGCGAAGAACGCACCAACACUUCAAACAAUCGCUACGGAUCCCCCGUCCCGUACAGCGACUAUCCGGAUCGCACCGGAACCUAUCCAAGGGAACCGCCCCAUCCCCACCCCACCACGGUUACGUACAAGUACAGCUCGACCACGACCAAUGCCACCAGGAACAUUUAUCCACCGCCGGAGGAGCGGGAGCCACUGCUGCAGCCAUUCCCAACCGACGGUAUCCCCCAGAACGAAAUCGAUGGGAACCCUCCGAAACGGGUCGAAGAUUUGAUGGCUACACUUGGGGAGAACGGUCAAAUUACAUACAUGUCAAAGCACACACACUCGACCGAAAACGGGACCGGGCCGAAAAAGCUCCGUGGACCAUCGCCACCGAAGGUAACCGUGGUGGAGGAACCAGUUGAUAGCAAAAACGUGUCCAUUUCGUCGAAGAACGUUGCCGGCCCUCCGGUUUACUACCCGCCCGGGCACGAAAUGUUCGCCAAAAAGGAAAGCGAAGCCGCUGCGUGGCGAGCUCAGGGCGAAUACGCCAAGGCGAGCGGAAAGUACAUGUACGAAGCGGAAAGUAAAUCCAAGACCACAUCGAAGUCAGGAGCAGCGGUGGUACCCGUUUGCCUCCCACUGUGCUGUGCCAUGCCGUGCAGCAUUAUGUGAAAGUUAUGCGACGUAAAUUUCUUGAUUCUGCAGCAGCUAACCCGAGAGAGAGGGAGAGUCCGGCACUUAGUAGCAAACCGAGGUUACUUAAAACCGAAUAACGAAAUAAUGUUAACAGUUUAUGUUUGGGAUGCCACGACGACAGAAAUGUGCCAUUGUUGAUUUAAAUCUAACCACAAGUGAAAGGAAUUGAAACUUUAAUAGCAUUCGUUUUAAAUGGUUCAUUUUAUUGGAUAAAGAAUGUCAAAUGAUUAAGGAACAAUAUGCUUGAUGGGCCUAAAGCCACUGUGCCAAUUAACGAUAUUAUUUUGUUGUUUCCGUAUACACUCUAAUACAAGAUGCAAAUAAAACAGACAAAACACACAA